AUGAGGUUGCACUUACGGGACUUCACCGAGGCUUUCGUAGACCUUCGCCGGUCUUUCACGGAAGCAGGAGUGCUCGAAACUGAGAUUCGGGUGGCGAACCUUGCGGAUUCCAGCAAAAUCGACAAUCUGACCCAUGUACGAGGCGCAGGACUGGAUUCAGGCAGAGCUUGUCUCGAGGGCACGCGCGUGAAGACGUUGAGCGCGCUGCGAGAUUGGAUCAACAACCCCAAGCUCGAUGCCCCCCGGGUGCUCUUCCUCCUUGGCGGUGCUGGGACCGGCAAAUCUUCCAUCGCCCAUUCCAUCGGCGUACACUCGCGGGAUCGUCGUCGCCUGGGCUCCUUCUUCUCCUUCAACCGUACGUUCCGAGCGGAGCGUCCGCCGAAAUACGUGUUCAGCACGAUUGCGCACGAUCUGGCGAACUGGAACCCCAUCUUCCGUCAUGCGCUCGCGGACGUCCUCCAUGAACAGGGCGAUCUUGUAGGGUCAGUCGACAUCGCGAAGCAGUGGGUAGGGCUUGUUAUUGAGCCACUCAAGAAGGUUGGAUUGGUUGGGCCGGUGGUGGUCGUCAUCGACGCGUUCGAUGAAAGUAGCUCCGCCGACGCACCUGGGCGCCUUCUGCUGUUGCAGCAUCUCACGGAGGGUUCUAAGGAGCUUCCUCCCAACAUCCGCAUCCUCGUCACGUCCCGAUUCGAUCCCGACAUCAAUGCCGCUGUGUACCAUGAUGAUGACGAUCAUCCGCACAUCAGCCACAUGGUCCUCGACGACAACAAGGAAGAGGCGAAGCCAGACAUCGCGCGCUACCUGCGUCACCAGCUCGCUCCAGGCAGCGCAAAACCCAAGGGAGGACUGGAAGAUGUCGACUUUGAGCUGCUGGCUGACAAGGCGGAGGGCCUGUUCCAGUGGGCGGCGACGGCUUGCAGGGCCAUACUGGAGAAGCCGAGCGGUCGCACGUUGAAGGAGCGGUUCUAUUCUCGUCUGGGUCCGAUGUUGCAAGGGGGUCCUUCCUCCCUCGACGACCUCUACCGAGGAAUCCUAGAGCGACUUUUCGACUCUAGGGACGAGGCGCUGAUAGAGCGAUUUCAUUCUGUGAUGGCCCAAAUCCUCUGUGCCUCUUCCCCGCUGUCGGUCGAAUCACUGGACGAGAUGCGUUGCCUUGCGACUGGUGCGGAAGAGGACGAGGCGAGUCUGAUACUGGGAGACAUGGGUUCGCUUCUUUCGGGGGUAUACGACAAGACAACCCCUAUCCGUCCACAUCACACAUCGUUCCGCGACUUCUUGACCGACAGGGACAGAAGUUUGAAGUGGUUCGUCGACCCAGCUGCAGGACAUCCCGUCAUGGCGCUCGGAUGCUUCCGAGCCAUGAACAAGCGACUGUCCUUCAACAUCUGCCGCUUGAACGCGUCCUACGUCCUCAACCAUGACAUUCCUGAUCUGGGUGUUGGAGUAUGGUCACGCGCUUGCCUUACUGCUUUGGGCACGCUUUGCGAACGCUUGACGGUGGCACCAACGCCACUACGCCUUCUGUCUCGGAUCUACAUUACGAUAGUCUUUAUGUAG